AUGGAAGAAAGUGAUUCUGACACAGAUUCACUGCAAAUUGCUUUGGAUGAUGAGAAAUUUUCUACAACAAACAAAAACACGGAAAAUUUUCAAUUCGAUGGAACAAUUCUAGAUCGUACGGUUGAAAACACAAUAGAAAAAUGUGAAAACUUUACUCCUGAAGCAGCUAAGAAGAUUCUACUUAAGUUGAUCAAGAAUGAGCACAUAUUAGCUCUCAGCCUUCUUAAAGCUGAAGAAGAAGCUAAAUCAGAGAAAUCAUUGGAAAGUGAAGAAGAUGACGACGAGGAUGAUGAUGGAAAAUCAGAAAACGACAUCCCAGCACCACCAAAACUGACAAGAUUGAAAGCUAAACAAUUAAAUCAUCAACUUCCAGUACCUGGUUCUCUGAAGUCACCAGAACCAUGUGAAGAAGUUGUUGCACUUAUUCAGUCUGAUCUUCCAAACGAUGACGAUGAGGAUGAAGAAUAUCGACCAUGCGACGAAGAUGGAUCUGAUGACGAUAUAACAAAUACAACACUUUCUGAUAUAGAUUCUCAACCAAGUACGCCAGGAAGUGCUUUGUUUUACAAUGAACAAGGAUUUGACAGUCCGAUCAAAGAAAAUGAAUUUAAAGUUCCCAAACCUAAGGAGUUGUCAAUUGGAGAACAAGAAACAAUUUCAAGAAGAACUCGUUCCAAAUUUUGUCUUACAACAACGUCAAUCGAAACAAUUGAAUCAACUUUUAUACCGCCCGAUAUCACCACUGACAUGUAUGAUUUGGAUCAAGAAAAUGAGAUUGACAACGAAUGGAAAGAGUUUCUUAAUGAAUUUAUGAUGCCACUGACAGAUGCAGAUGCAGAUGAUGACAAAUCUGAUCCUGAAUAUGUGGCAGCUGAGAAAGUUCCAAUGGAUAAAGAAGAAUUGCGUCCGGUGCGUGUGUCAAAGAAAGAACUGAAUCAACUUAUAUCUGAACUUCUUGAAGACACAGGAUUGAAUUUCGAUAGUGAUCCAUCAACUUCCAAUAAAAGAACUUCAUUUGAUGUCCAAACAAACAAAAAUAAACGUCAACGUACCAUUUCUCCAAUUUCAACGAAGCCAUCAUCACCAAAAAUUAGCUCAAGAAUGUAUUCUCCUGAAGAAUUGCACACUCCGCCUAAAUACAACUUUACAUCAACUAAUGUCAAUGAACAUGCAUCACCAGCAUAUGAAAAUAAAGAUAAUAAUCGGCAGCAAGAAGAAGCGAUUGAAAUGUCUUCAUUUUCAUUACCUGCAAAUCAACAAAUUUUGCAGACACCUCAGCGGAAUGUUUUACCAAAAUCGACAUCAGUUCAAUCUUCUAAUUUCUCACCUCAUCCGAUUUCAUUACAACAACCACAACAAGUUUCAACUUCUGGAAUUGUCGGAUCAGUUCAAAAUUUAACACAACAACAACCUCAGAUACUUGUUGUUAAUUCACAAAAUCAACUGGAACUUUGUUCAUCGUCAAGUCUCAUCAAUCAAGCUUUCUUCAAUAAUGGAGUGUAUCAAUUACCACAAUUUCAGUCAGUUGUUGUUCAAGUCCCUACAAUUGAUCUUCUCCAGAAUUCACUCAAUUUAUCUACAGCAUCUACUGAUGAGAAUAAAGAAACAUUUGAAACAAUUGAUGAUGGUGAAGACUCUCCUGACAAUUCACAAAAUCUCACUGAUGAUAAAAAGAAGCAGCUAAAGGUUCCGAAUCUUAGAGAUAAACUUCUUGAAUUUAAAUAUCUUGAAACAUUACCACCACCUAAGGAAAAAACCUUUGAUCCAAAUAUGAGAGGCUUCACAUAUGAACAAAUGCAAAUCUUCGAGCAACAAAUGAGAUUUCACGCACAAUUUCUUACUCAACACUUUAUUCAAGUUUACAAAACUCCAAAAUGGAGCCACAAAUCAAUUUCACUCAAGCGACUUCUUCUCGAAUUGAAGAAUAAAUGUUCAAAUGUUUUUUCACAACCAACGUCUAAACACAUUGAUAACUGCCUUCAAACAUGUGACAUGUGGAGAAAGGAAUUGGAUGAAGAUUCUGAAAGAAAUAGAAAAUAUCAAGAACACUUAAGAAGCGAAAGUGAUUUAGACGAAAAAACCUUAAAACAAAGUUUUCGUGGAAGAUUCACUUAUAGAUUAAUGGAAUUUUUACUAAAUAGCAAUGCAAUUAUGUAUCCCAUGUUGCUACCGAAGAUUCCAUUUCGUGCCGUGACUUUGAAAGGUAUCAAAAUACCAAAUUCUGAAUUAAAUCUUUUUGCUUUUGGAUUAGAAAGAUUUUUUGAAGAAGAAAGGAAGAAAUUGAAGAUACUUCAUCCUCAUAAAGUCAAUGAAUCAAAAAUUAAUAGAAUAUCGAAAUGUAUUUGGAGAGAAUAUCAAAGUAAAGAUCCUGAAUUUCCUAGAUUUAGAGAAGAAAAAAGUGUGAACGACAUUAUUGAAUACUACAGAAGGCACGAACGAAUAAAUCCAAUUAAAUAUUAUUUUAUCAACAAAAGAGCGCCUGGAUAUAAUCCCACAAUUGAAAAUGUUGAUAUUAACAAUGUUAAGGCACCGAAGUAUUUGAGAAGAGGUUUACUGCCGAAGACUUGGGACGCUUACAUGUUUUCAUACGAAAGACUUAAAGUUCAUCCUUACCAUCCUGAUGAAGAAGAUUUAGAUCAAGACAUCAGUAUAAUCGAGGAAAAGGAAAAAGAACAUUUUCAAUCAACAUCGGAAGAAAUCACACAGAAUCGUUCAGUUUUUGUAGACGAAUCAUAUCAAAUUGAAAUAGUUUACGAUCAAAUCCCCAAAAUCAACAUAUGCUUUGCUACAGAUAACUUAAAAACUUCGGAUAACUGUGACGAUAUUAGUUUGUCAAACAAUAAUAGUCCAUCAGAGAAAGUUUCUUGUGUUAAAUUGUUAAGUCCAAUUAAGACUCGUCAAAAGACUAUUGAAGAGAAACAAACCAAUUUAACAUCAAUUCUUAAAAAGGUUUCAGAUAAUUUAGAUAAACCAUCAAGUAAAAAGAAGUCUGUCAAUUUUUUCCUUCCACACCCACCCCCAGAACGAGAGCACUCAUCAGGAUUUGCUGAAAGGUUGAAAAUAUUACAGAGUAAUAUAAACACAUUUCAAUUGACUCAAAAGUUUUUCAUCGUUGUUGAAAGCUUCUUUAGCAAUUACACUAAAAAAUUGAAAUUUCUUAAUGAAAGUUUUCCAAUUCUCAAAAGAUUCUUUUAUUGGACAAAAACAUUUGAUAUUUACUUAAAGUUGAUAAAGAUUUCUUUAAAAAUGUCAAAGAAACGACAACAAGAUUCAAUUCUUGGAAGUGGACUAGAGUCAGCUACAAAGUAUAAAAAAAAUGUUGCAUCCAGUGAAGAAUAUUCAAAAAAGUUGAAUCGCAAGUUGACUGAAAAUCGAAACUUGAUCAUGAAAAAUAAUCGCAACAAGUGUACAAUUGAAAAAGAUUGCUCAUAUUCAUACAAUUAUCUUGAUAAAAUCAAAGAAACCUUAUUGGAGAAUGGCGAUGAAGAGUUGUACGGUGAAUUUAUGUCGAUGCUUACAUCAUUUGAUCCUGAAAUUGAGUCAGUUCCAGAACUUUAUUACAAAAUCGAAAGACUUCUGUCGCCAAAUUAUGCUGAUUUAGUUGAUUUAUUUCUCACGUUUUUGCUACCUGAACAUGCAGUUGAGAUUGGAAAGUUUUUUGAACAUUUCGUUUUGAACAAUAUGAAAGAUCUUCUUGAGAAGCUCAACAUACAAUUUGCUAAACAACCGUCGCAUAUAAAGAAAAUUUUGGCUUGUCUGGAUGAACUUUCCAAUGAAUCUGAAGUUACAAUCGAGCAUCUCAAAACGAGAAUCCUUCCACUUUUGAAAGGAAAUGAUCUGCUUCAUGACUGGUUUAUGGAAUUGUUUGAGAAGCCAACUGAAAGUGUAAUUGAUGAGUACGAGUCAGUUUAUAUUAAGAAAUCCUUGAGUGACAGUGAAAGUUCGAUUGAUAAUUACGAAGAAAUUCAUUCAAAUGAAUUAAUCGAAUGCGAAAACUUUGACGAUUUGAAUUCUUGUGGAGUCAAGUACAAGAAUGGUAAACUGAUGUAUCAUGGAACACUUUUACCUGCAAAAAUCUCAUUCUUGGCAAAUGACGCGCGAUCUUAUUCAUCUAAGAAUCCAUCGGAAGAGUCGCUUUGUUCACAUGAAAUUCGAAAGUAUGUGAAAUUUAAUGAUUCAAAGAAAUCAGAAAAUGAAAUUGAAAUAAAUAAAAAAGAAUCGAAGAGAAAAGGAAAACGAUACAAGUUGUGUGAUCCGCAAACACUUCAUGCACAUGCUAUUCGUUUGAAUCCAUCAGCUGCUCAAAGCAACGACAAACUUUCGGAAUUAGCUCAACUUUUAGUUCCACCAAGUUCAGCGCAUAGAACGAGUGACGGUUCUCCAAGAAAGCCUAGAAACAGUAAAAAAUCUGGAACGUCUCCACAGAAGAAUCUCAACAAGUCACCUUCAUCAAAUUCAAGUCAAUCAGCCAACAUUUCCCCAUCAUCUCUUUCUCCAUCGAAAGCUCUUCAAAGCACAAAACGAUUGAAGAAUUUAAUUGAAGAUUCAAGUGAAGAACCUUCACCGAAAAAAUCUGCUGUUGUCGUGGUUAAAACUCUUGAUAAAAUCAAUCGAAAAGCAAGUCCUAAAAUUGAUAGACGAUGUGAUUCACCAUUGACAUCGAAGAAAUCUGAUACUGAAACAAUCAUAAAUAAACCAGAAACUUCUAGUAACAAACGUGGAUCUGGUGAAUGGACUCGUGAUGAAGAUCGACUGAUUUUAGAAGAAUAUAAAGUCGGAUAUAAGAAUAAAGAAGAUUUGAUUAACUUUCCUGAUAAAUUCAACAUGAUUGUUGUGCCAAAUGAAGUGAAAUGUAAUUUCUGUUCAAGAAUAUUUUGUUGCUGCCAUUGUCGUGAGAAACAUGAACUUAAAAUGCAUCAAAUGGCAUUACUUGAAAACUAUAUUAAAAGUCUUUGUGUGUUGUGCAAUGAGCAGAAUCUUCCACUGGGAAGUAAAUACAAAUUGGAAGAUGAUCAAGUUGCGAAGCACGUUGCCGACAAUCAUCUGCCAUUGAAAUGCAAUAAAUGUUCAGAAGUUUUCGAAACAUUUGAAUCUUUAAUAAACAUUGGAAAGUGUUGUGCACCACAUACCAAUGUUAUUGAAGUUGAUGACCAAGAGAUCAUUGAAAUACUUUCUUCUGACAAAAUUGUUGAAGAGAAAAUUCCGUGCUCUAAAACUCAAAUCGAUGUAAAUGUGAAAGAAUUGAUAAUUGUUGAAGAUACAGUGCAAGAUGAAGUAAAUAAACGACCAAUUAUAACAACAAACAACCAAAAGGAAAGAUACUGGAAAAAUGAUGAAAUAAAAACUUCAGAACUUCAAGUUACGCAUGAAUACAAAGAAGAAGUUGGAAGUCUCGCCAGACAAACAUCAACACCGAUGGAAAAUAAACUUUUAACUAAAAAAUAUUUCACAGAUUCUUACAGUUCUUCAUCUAUUCAAAUUUCAAGCAUUAACUCAACUGAUAGCACUUCGAGUGGAUCGGACGCUUGUUCACCACCAAUAUCAACACCUUACAAUCAUUUCAAGACGCCACCAUCACCGAAAAUACAAAAAUCUCUCUCUCAAGGACGAAAACUUCCACCUCAUGCGACACCAUUACGACAGGUCAUGUCCAAAAGUAUUCAACGUGCAAUCGCUCAACAUGGAGAUUAUCGUAAAACUCCUUUUGCCUUGCAGCAACGUAAAAUGUCAUUUAAUUCGUCUUCAAGUGGCAGCGAACAAUCAUUGAGUUUAAUGAAAUUUACAAACGAGUCAAGUUGUCCACUAGACUUACGAUUGUCACCAGCAUUGCGACGUGUACAAGAAGAAGUCAUUGUUGAAGUUGAUCGCGAGGUAAAUGGAGAAUCAGAAAAUAAUUGCCAAGCUAAUCGUUUCAAAUUUGAGCGAAUUGAAAUGGUCAUCACACGUGGAGAAAUAAAAAGUGACAGCACAACUUCACAAUUCAAGUCUUGCAUGUCUGACACAAGACGAUCUGGGUCAAUGCCUGACAUUCAUUACACGCCAAAAAAUGUUGGACAACAUAUGCUUAAGAAGACAAUUUCAUUUGAAACACCAGCGGUCAUUGAACAGACGCCAGGAUUUCUUUUGCCAAACAAUAAUGAUGAUGGUGAUGACGACGUCUUCUACACACCACGUGCUACUCCUCAAAGAGUUUCUCAACCAAAUCGCUCGAACUUCGAUGAUCUUGAAAGUAUUGAAGAACAGGAAAAUAAAGAAGAAAUAAAAGCAGAAGCUCCAAAUAAACGUACGAAUCUCUGGAAUAUCGUUUCAUCCGUGAUAAGUUUUGGACAGCGAAAAAGCAGCAGCAACUCAGAAUCUUCAAGUAACAAUGAAAAUAUGUGGAAAUUUAGUUUCAAAAAGCCAGAAUUUGUAAGAAACUUUUUCAAUACAAAAAGAAAUGAUCACGAAGAAAAUCCAAUGAAGAGACGACGAACAAGUUCAAACAGCGGGACCAGAACAGGGUCUCAAUCAUCACCAGCUACAAAACGACAGAAAAUUCAAUCGAGAAAGCCAAUCGAACGCAUGAGAAAACUCAAUUAA